GCGUUGCCGAACCAACGCAUCACGUCCGCCAUUUGCAAAACUAGCGCGUGCUUUCUGCGUGUGUGUGUUAAUAUUUUGUGUUUAGAUUUUUACUGUGAACUGCUGAAAAUCUAGUAGAAAAAUGAGUUCAACACUGGACCCUGCCAAGUUAAAAGUGGUAGAAUUACGUGCAGAACUCUCAAAGCGUGGUUUGGAUUCAAAAGGAAACAAACCGGCGUUAGUCAAGCGCUUGAAAGAAGCCUUGGAGGAAGAACUCAAACAAGAGUUACCAGAUACUUCAAUUGCUGAUACGUCGACGGAAGAUUUGGAUACUUCGCAAACUAAAAAUGAUUCCGUUACCGAAGAAUCGAAAGUACCUGAUAAGGAACCUGAAAAAACCGAAGCCUGUCCACUACCACCAAAAGAACAACCACCAGUGGAGCAACCAGAAGCCACAACAGAAGAAAAAAUGGAUACACAAGAAGCGCCUCCUGCAGAACCCGUACAACAACCUGCACCUGAAGUUGAAGCACCUAAACCAGAAGAAACCGAACCUUCUGAACAGUCUGAACCAAAAGAACUUAAUUCCAAUUUAGAAGAGAAUAAGGAAAACGGGGAACAGGAUGAACCCAAGUCGCGGAAAUCACGCUGGGGUGGUUCUGAAACCGACGGUUCUGAAGCUCCGCCAAAGGAGGAGGUUGAGAACAACCAAGCUGAAAGCACUGAAGCACCAGUCAGCGAAAAUAAAGACGGUGAAGCCAAGGGCGAAAAGCGAAGACGUAGUAGUCCAUCUCCGGACAGAUCUCAACGCCGACGAAGUAAAUCGCCAAUUAAAGAAGACGAGCCUCCUAUAGAUAAGGACAAAGUUCAGCUUAGCUGGUAUGACUCUGACCUUCAUCUGCAAGUUGAUAAAGAAUCGUUCUUAUCAGCAAAACCCUAUCAUGAAGGUGCUUUCGGUUUUGCAUGGGCGGGAGUCAGAGCGACCCAUGGCGUCAAUACUGGAAAGGUGUGUUUCGAAGUUAAAGUAACGGAAGAACUCAAAUGGGAGGAUUUUUCCAAAUACUACGACAAACACCGUCGAGAACAACAUAAAUCUUCGAGACACAAAGAUGACGAUAAAAAGAAAUCUGACGAGUCGAAAAGUAAAGACGAGCAAAGUAAAGACAAGGCUGAGAGCAGCCAAGAAAACGGCGAAAAGUCGGAAACCACUGAUCCCGACUCUGAAACUAAAGAAACGAGCGUCGAGAACGACUCAGAAAUGAAGGAAACUGCCGACAGUGAAAACGAAGAUAAUAAAAAGAGUGCCGACGAGAACCCACCAGAGGAAAAUCCACAAGAAGAACCAAUGGAAACUGAGGAAAGUAAAGAAAAAUCAGACGAGAAAGACGAAUCGGAAACCAAAGAAACUGAACCCAUACCCACCCACUUGUUCCGAGUCGGGUGGUCGCUCCUAGACACUGGACUCCAGCUAGGAGAGGACAAGUUUUCUUACGGUUAUGAGUCAUCUGGAAGAUUCGCGCUCAAUAAGCAGUUUGAAGAUUACGGGAAAAAGUUCGGCGUUGGCGACGUUGUUGCUAGUUUUUUGGAAAUCACUGAGGCUGAGAUCAAAAUUUCUUACUCCGUCAAUGGUGAGAUGCAAGGAGACGCGAUAUCCGUCCCAUGUUCCGACCUCCCGGAAAAUUUCGUCUUUUUCCCCCACGUCCUUUCCCGCAAUUACGCGUUUGAAUUGAAUCUGGGUAAUAAAGAAGAGGCGUGGUUCAGCAAACCGGAGGGUUUUGAAGAUUUUGAGUUUUUGGCCAAUGUGGAGGAGAAGGUUGCUGGGCCUGCAAGGCCCGAAAAUAGAAGCGAUUGCGAGGUGAUUCUGAUGUGUGGGUUACCGGCUGCUGGGAAAACGCACUGGGUUCAAGAAUAUGUCCAAGAGAAUCCGGAGAAGAGAUACACCGUCUUGGGCAAUACACAUCUGUUGCAAAAAAUGACUGUUUCCGGCGAUGAAUUGAAAAAUAAAUACAAAGGGAGUUGGAACAUGCUGCUGGAGAAGCUUCAAAAAUGUUUGAACAAGCUGGUGGAAGUGGCUGCCCUUCGCCGAAGAAACUACAUUAUUGAUCAGCCAAACGUGUACCCAUCAGCCCAGCGCCGCAAAUUGCGGCCAUUUGAGGGCUUCAAGAGGCGUGCUGUCGUUGUUGUAGUAGGAGAUGAAGAACAAGCUAAACGGCAAUCUUUGCAAGAGGCUCAGGGCGGUAAAGACGUUCCCGAUAGCACCGUGCUUGAUAUGAAAGCAAACAUGAGCUUACCACAGAAGGGGGAAUGGAUUGACGAAGUACUCUAUGUAGGCCUUGGCGAAGAAGAAGCUAAAUCCCUGGUUCAGAAGUAUAAUUCCCAAGCGCGCGAAACAAUUGGCGUGCAAAGAAGAUUUGGACAUCGAGAUGACCGCCAUAGAUGGCAGUACAGACGCAAUGAUUACCGGGGGAGUAACUACCGAGACAGGAGUUACCACAGCAACCGCUACGACAGAGGCCCCCCGAGACAGGGCAACUGGCACCCGCAACGUCCCGGAGGAUGGAACAGAGACAGACGGGACAACCGAGGGCCCCCUCCGAGAGAUUGGAGGAACAGAGGUAAUUCUCGAGACCGCGGCAGCCGAGACUCGCACCAGGGCAGCAACUACAACCGCAAUCGCAACCAAGUUGGACGGGGGCCUGGGGGCAACUGGCCCUCCAGCUGGGGCGGCCAGAGCCAGGGCAGCUGGAGCAACCAGCCGUGGAGUCAGGGCUCCUGGGGCCAGGGCGGUUGGAACAACCAGAGCAGCCAAAACCAGUGGAAGUACGGAGGAGGGAGUCAGAGUUACGGCUACUCCAACUGGAAUUACUACGGGCAGUAUCCCCAGAACUGGAGCGGCACUCAGGGCCAAUCUGCUGGUAGUAAUACAGCGGGGGCAAACCAGUACGGUCAGUACUCCCAGCAGGAUUGGGCGCAAUAUGCACAACAAUACGCCCAGCAAGGGCAGACCACAACCGGGUCAACCGCCACUCAGUCCACUCCUCAAAAGUAAAUGUAUUGCCUACAUUAACGCCUAGUAUUUUAUGAAUAGUACCUUUAUUGUUCAGGUUUUAGAUUUAACACCACGUAGCAGUUGUACAGAGCGGCAGCGCUGCGUUGCCAUUUGUGCACCGAUUUUCAUUUUUUAAUGCUUUAACGUUUCUUUCGUGCAAUUAAGUUAUAUUCUUUCAUUGACUAUUUUAUUCGCACGCAAAUUGACCAUAUUCAAAGUUUAUUUUUAUAAUUUUAUGUAUAUCGGAGUGAAGUUUAAUUGAUUUGCUUCUGUAAAUAAAGUUUUAUGUUCAAAACAUUCAAAGUUUAUUUAGAAAUAUGUAUAUUUUUGGAUUCGCCUCAUGGUAAAAUAACUGAAUAGGUGCGCUGGUGUUUGUCAUAAUAAAUAAUUUUUAUUCCAUUUUAUCAAAGUUCAGAUAUUGUACCAUGGAAUAAUUUUUGGGGUUGAGUCAAGGGCUCCAAUGUGGUAAUUUUAAAUUAUUUAUACUGUACAUAACAUUAAAGUACAACAAUUUUUAUGUCGAGUCUGUUGUAAGUAUUACUUAUUUUCACUUUCUUAACUUUAUCGUAGUUUAUAAAGGCCCGUCUGACAUGGCGCAGUAAAUUGAUUAAUUUGUUUGAACAUUAUUGAAUAGGUGUCAUUUUCUAAGCAAACGUGUCACGGGGGGCGAUGCCCAAAAUUAUUUCUUGAAGUAAGAGUAGUGUUGAGUGUAAUAUAAGAAAUAUUACAAACAUGAUGUAUUUACUUUAGUUAAAAAAAUAAAUAUAUGAUUUUGUAAAAAAAA